AAACAACAAUAAGCCCAUAGACCAAACAUCCCAACUCAAAUACUACUUUUGUUUGUAUGAAAUAUAUACAUAGUAUUAUAUUGAGAAGCAACGCAGAAAUAACGGCAUAUUCCUCCUCUCCUUUUCUCCCUGCAUCUCUCUCUAAUCUCUCUCCCAUCUCUCUCUCUCAGAAAACAUACACAAAUUAAUCCAGCUAUUCUCGUGACGGAUCCCCCAAUUCAAAAACAAUAACAACAAAUAUAUAUCUAUAUUAUAUCCAAUCUCUCUUUUUCAUCUAUAUCUCUGACCCCCCUAAAUUAAAUCCUCCAUUUACCUAACAUAUCUAGUAUUUACACACACACACACACACAAAUUUUUCAAGAAAAUGGUGGUGAAGAUGAUGAAGUGGCGGCCAUGGCCGCCGCUUCAAUCCAAGAAACUUGAGGUGAAACUGGUGGUGAAGAGGCUAGAUGGGCUGAGCCCAGAUGAAAAAGAUGGACAAAAGAUGGGUGUUGAGAUCAGAUGGAAAGGACCCAAGAUUGGUUUGGGGUCUUUUAGAAGGACUGUCAAAAAGAAUGUUACUAAAGAAGUGGGUUUUGAUCAAAACGGUGUCGUUCUAUGGGAUGAGGAGUUUCUCAGUCUUUGUGCUUUGUCUGGUUACAAAGAUGAUGUCUUUCAUCCUUGGGAGAUCUCUUUUACCGUUCUGAAUGGUUUGAAUCAAAGACUAAAGAACAAGGUUCCUAAUAUUGGAACAGCAUCUUUAAACCUUGCUGACUUUGCUUCUAAAGCUGAAGGGAAAGAAUUUGAAUUAAGUAUCCCUUUGACAGUCUCGGGAACUGCAGCUGAACCUCACCCUUCACUUACUAUAUCACUUGGUAUAUUGGAGCUUAGAGCUGCUCAAGAACCAGCAGAGUCUGUUCAGAGGCCUAUAGUGCGGAGUCCUUCCCCACAGCGACCGAGAGGAAAUUCUUUAUCAGAAAAAGAUGAGCUUUCUGCACUUAAAGCUGGUCUCAGAAAGGUAAAGAUAUUUACUGAGUAUGUCUCAGCAAGAAAAGCUAAGAAAGCUUGCCGUGAGGAGGAUGGUAGUGAAGGUAGGUGCUCAGCCAGGAGUGAGGAGGGUGAUUAUACAUACCCCUUUGAUUCAGAUUCACUUGAUGAAUUUGAGGAAGGAGAAUCGGAUGAGAUUAAGGAGGAUUCUUCUGUCAGAAAAUCGUUUAGUUAUGGCACAUUGGCUUAUGCAAAUUGUGCAGGACAAACAAUUAACUCGAGCACGAGGAGCAAUUUAGAGGAUGAGGGUUGGGUUUACUACAGCAACCGCAAAUCAGACCUUGCUUGCUCAAACAUAGAGGAUUCCACUGCAUCCAUCUCCGAGACUGUUACUCACAAUUCCAAGCGAAGCCUACUUCCUUGGAGGAAGAGAAAGCUCAGUUUCAGAUCUCCCAAAGUCAAAGGCGAACCUCUACUGAAGAAGGAUUAUGGUGAAGAAGGUGGAGAUGACAUUGAUUUUGAUCGUAGGCAACUCAGUUCUGAUGAAUCUCUCUCUCAUGGGAGCAAGACUGAUGAAGACUCAAGCGCUCACCGAUCAUCAGUAUCAGAGUUUGGGGAAGACAAUUUUGCUAUCGGUAGAUGGGAACAGAAGGAAGUAACUAGUCGAGAUGGGCACAUGAAGCUCCAAACACAGGCAUUCUUUGCUUCAAUUGAUCAGAGAAGUGAGCGUGCAGCAGGUGAAAGUGCAUGCACAGCUCUCGUUGCCGUCAUAGCUGAUUGGUUCCAGAACAACCAGAAAUUGAUGCCUAUCAAGUCACAGUUUGAUGCUUUGAUCAGAGAAGGCUCGCUAGAGUGGAGAAACCUCUGUGAAGAUGAAUCACACAGGGACAGGUUUCCUGACAAACACUUUGACUUGGAAACUGUCCUUCAAGCCAAAAUAAGAUCUCUGUUUGUUGUUCCUGAAAAGUCCUUCAUUGGGUUUUUUCAUCCUGAUGAAAUGGAGGAAGGGAGAUUUGACUUUUUACAUGGUGCCAUGUCCUUUGACAACAUGUGGGAUGAGAUUAGCCGUGCAGGAUCAGAAUGUUCAACUCGUGGUGAAUCACUAAUUUAUAUUGUUAGUUGGAAUGACCAUUUUUUUGUCCUCAAGGUUGACCCGGAAGCUUAUUACAUCAUCGAUACAUUAGGGGAGAGGCUCUAUGAGGGAUGCGAUCAGGCUUACAUUUUGAAAUUUGACAGGAACACAACUAUAUGCAAGCUGCCCACUGAUGCUACAAAGCCGGUAGAAGAAAAGCCUACCGACAAGCAGAUAGUUGUUGCGGAAGCGGAACUUAGAAAUCAGCAGGCUAACCAGGUGGAUUGUAAAGAGCAUUCUGUAGAUGGUGCAGUAUAUGAGCCUGAUGUAUUAGUGAAGAGUGACAAUGAAGAGGUGGUGGUUUGUCAAGGAAAGGAUUCUUGCAAGGAGUACAUAAAGAGCUUUUUAGCUGCAAUCCCUAUACGGGAAUUACAAGCAGACAUUAAGAAAGGUUUAAUGGCAUCAACACCCCUUCAUCAGCGCCUACAGAUCGAAAUUCACUAUACGCAAUUACAAGUACCUGCGCCCAAAAGCUCAGAUGAACUAGCCAUGGUUACAACCACAACAAACGGUAGUAGUUCCCCAGUAUCUGAACUUACUAGCAGCAGUUCCCCCGUAUCUGAACUUGCAAUGACUACCACCAGAACCACCGCUGAUAGUUCUCCAGUAUCCGAGUUUACUAGCAGUUCACCCGUACCUGAAGUUGCAAUAGAAGAGGCUGCUGCUUAUUGAACUGCUGUAUAGGGGUAUAUGUGAUUAGUCUAACAUGUUUUUUCCCAUGUAAAUGGGUUCAAAUUCUCCCAUAAUAGUUUUUCUGAGUUUUUUUUUUUUUUUUUUGCCAUGGGUCCUUUCCUUGAUUUUCUAAUGUUGAGCUGCAACCCAAUAAAAUCAGGAACUACUGAAGUAUCUUCUGGUCAGGUAUUUGGUGACAUUGCCCUUAAUUUGUAUCAGUUCUGUUGGAAGGAACAGUCUGUACUCUGUACAUCACCAUCACCGUGUAGUCUCUCACCUUAAUUGAAUAUAUCCUUUAUCUGUCUUAUGCA